AUGGAGCAGCUGGAGGUCAUCAAGAGUAUCCAGGCCAUGCCGUGGCACCCCUACUUAGUGGAGUGGGAAUCGAAAGCGCAACAAGAGCUACAGUUCCUCCUUGACCAGCAAGAAUCUAUUUGGAGGCAAAAGGCUCGUACUCUCUGGUUGAAGGAGGGGGAUAGGAACACGAAGUUCUUCCACUCAACUACUCUUCAAAGGAGAAGCAGGAAGAAGAUUAAUAGGCUGAGGUCCAUGCAGGGGGAGUGGUUACAGAAAGAAGCUGACAUUGAUGCAGAGAUAUUUUCCUUCUUUAACAUUCUCUUUUCUUCGGAGGGAGCUCACAACUUGGAGAGAGCUCUUCAGUUUAUCCCUGCUAGAUUUACCGCUGAUAUGAAUAGUACUCUCUGCCUUUCGAUUUCUGAUGAUGAGGUCAAAUCUGUUGUUUUUAGUAUGAAGCUUCUCAAGGCUCCUGGACCCGAUGGGGUUCCCCUAGUGUUUUUUCAGUCAUAUUGGAAAACAGUUGGCCCUGCGAUUGUGGCUCCAGAGCAAAUGGCAUUUGUGGAAGGGAGAAGCAUCUCUGAAAAUGUUCUGAUUGCACAUGAAGCCUUUCACCAUCUUAGGCACAUGAAGAGAGAGAGAAACUAUUUGGCAACAGUUAAGCUCGACAUGCAGAAGGCUUAUGACAGAAUUGAAUGGGCUUUUCUCUCUAGAAUCUUGCAAAAGAUGGGUUUGUGUGGAAAGUGGGUCCAGCUUAUCAGCCAAUGUGUGAGCACAGUGUCUUACUCCUUCCUUCUCAAUGGAGUCCAGAAGGGGUCUAUUCAGCCUUCCCGUGGGAUUAGGCAAGGUGGUCCGCUCUCUCCUAGCUUGUUUGUUCUGUGCACUGAAUGCCUCACCUCCUUGAUCUCUGGUGUAGUAGAAAAUGGGAGCCUGAGCGGUUUGAGGAUUAAGAAUUCUAGCCCCACUAUUAUGCACUCUUUCUUCGUUGAUGAUUGCCUCAUCUUCCUCCAGGCUAAUCACGGUUCCUUCAGGAGUCUGAGGGAUGUUUUAUUACUUUAUUGUGAUGCUUCAGGAGAUUGGAAAGAAAAGAAGGCGGCCUUUCAGAAUAUAAAGGAUAGAACCAUUGCCAAGAUUGCAGGUUGGAAGGAGAAGCUGUUGUCUCAAGCUGGGAAAGAAGUCCUCAUAAAGGCCGUGGUGACGACCUCUCCAUCCUACCACAUGUCUCACUUUAAACUGCCUCAUGGUCUCCUGGAUGACAUCAGUAAGGCUGGUGGUAGACCUUCUUGGGUGUGGAGAAGCAUCUUACAUGGUAGGCAGCUUCUGAGCAGUGGCCUCUUGUGGAUAGUCGGUAAUGGUCUAGCCAUUCACAUUUGGGACGACCCGUGGAUUCCUGCGCUGGAGGGCUUUAGGCUACAUCUUCCUCGUCCCCCGGAGUGCCCCUUUCAAUGGGUGUCGGACAUCAUUGACUCACAUGCUAAGUGGGAUGUGGCGAAGCUUCGUGCCUUCUUCUUGCCCUUCGAGAUCGAGUGCAUUUUACAGAUUCCCAUUAGCUCUGAGGGAUGUGAUGAUCAGCUAUGCUGGGGCCCCGCUCCAAAUGGUAUCUUCUCUGUCAAGUCUGCUUAUAGAGUGGGUACUCAACUGACCCAAUGCUCCUCUAUUUCGGCUAAGAAAGCUAUUUCGACUCCGAAAGAGGUUUGGAGUUGUAUUUGGAACUCCAUUGCUUCCCCUAAGGUGAAGUCUUUCUUGUGGAAAGCUUGCUUGGGAGCCAUUGGAGUAUUGACUAAUCUGAAGAAGAGUAGAAUCGUGGAUUCAGAUAUUUGUGGUGGGUGUGGGAUUGAGGCUGAGUCAACCGAGCAUGCUCUUUUGUACUGUCCGUUAGCCAAGCAAGCCUGGUUUGCUUCCUCAGUAUCUUUGAAGGUGGAUGCUUUUCCUGGUCUCUCCCUCUCGGCUUGGAUUUUGAAGUAG